AUGAACUGCGUCCCGCUCCCGAGAGGCGAGAUCUUUCCCAAUAAAUUAUCUGACUCAAUACGUCGAGGACGCAACAGAGCCAGGCCGUGCAAACCGUGUCCCUCGUCGUGCGACGGAGACGUGUGCAGCACACCCCCGUCGAGAGACGACGGCAAGAGCACUACGGCGGUGAACGACCGGAACGACACGACUCCGACGACUACAGCGACCUCGAGCACGACCUCUAGCACGAUCACGACCACGACCACAACCACGGAAAAUCCGCUGUACCAAUGUCCGAAGGAAGUCGUCGACUAUCCGGUCAACAUCGCGCAUCCGUGCGGUUGUCGAAAGUAUCAGGUGUGCGAGAAUGGGGUGAAGAGAAUCGCAUUCUGCAAGAAGGGCUACCUGUACGACGCGCCGCGCCGAAUGUGCAACUAUGAGAGGGCGGUGAAGUGUCCGCACGCGAAUCCCUGUGACGACGAGGUCGACUCCUUUAGCCUGUACAACGCGGAAUGCGGCGAUCUGGACCAUCCGCGCAACUAUCAAUUCCAGACGCUCUAUCGCGACAUGUACGCCUCGUGCACUGACGCCAACGUCGCCGAAGUCGUGUUCUGCCCGGACGGUCAAUACUUCAACGCGGAUGUGGAGUUCUGCCUACAAGUUCCCGGAAAUCGUAUGAUCGAUUGGGGAAAUUUGGACGAUGGAACAAGCACCGCGAACCGAUGUCGUUAUUGUUAUCCUACUACUUACGAUAACAAUGGCGAGUAGAAUGAGAGCAGCAGAGACAAAAGAUACAUCUUUCUCACAGAUGAAUGACAUAUCGACUACAUCAAUGAGUAAUUCAUCAGAUCUCCAACCAUCGACGGUAACUAUAUUUCACGAAAUGUUUCGAGAACGAAGGAGAGCGAAUCUUCCCCCAGAGGCAGCUAACCAACAACAGCAACAGCGUGUAAAAGGCGACGAUGAAAAGAAUCCUGAAGAUGAGACUAUUCUUUUGUCAGACUAAUGAAUUCUUUACGCUUGCGAAUUUUAUAUUGGUUAUUUCAACAACAAAACAACAAUCUUGAACAUUUUGUGAAUUCUCACUUCGAUAGUGAGUAAUUAUGAUGCAGAAUUAUAAUAUUUGUCGUCUCUAAGUUUGUUAAUUUUAC